AUGACUAGUCCUGAAGAUUUAAGCAGCUCAGAAAUACAAGCAUUUAUCACAAAAGUCAAGAGUUUACCCGGUGGAACAAACAUUCAACAAGAUGAAGCUGAGAAAGCCGCUCAUCUCUACCUCAGAGCUCGUAAAAGAGAUGUUGAACGUGCUGUGGAAUUAUACAAAGCUAACAAGCGAAUGCGGUAUACAGAAAAUGUAGACUCAAUUGAUCCUUUAGAAGAUGGCGUUCGGAGGGAACUAUUAUCUGGGAAGUUUACUGUGCUACCCACUCUUCCUGAUGACGAAAUGGAUGCAACUAUUGCAAUAUUUACUGCUUACCGUCAUUGGCCCCCGUUAACUACACACAGAGAUACUUUGAAGGGUGUUCUCUACCAGUUAGACGCUGCAAUGAUGGAUGAACAAUCACAAAGAAAAGGACUUAUUGUACUUUAUGAUAUGCGUGAUACAAAAUAUUCAAAUUUUGAUUAUCAUCUCUGUAUUAAAUUAUUAAAUUUAUUCAAGGGUGUUUAUCCAGCACGUCUAAGAAAAGUGAUUAUUAUUGAACCACCAUUUUGGUUUCGUGCACCAUUCAAUGUACUUCGAUUAUUUGUUCGUGAAAAAAUGCGUGAUCGGAUAUAUUCUGUUGGUUAUGAUGAAUUAAGCGUCCAUUUGCCAAAUUCAACAUUGAAACGUCUGUUCGGCCAAUUUAAUCCAAAUCAACAUUUUGAUUGGUUACUUAACUGUCUUAAGCGAACUGGUCAUGCAUCACGUAUACCUAGUGAUUAUUUCACAAUGCCACCGCUACCUCAAUCCUCAUCAAUCUAUCAAAGUUAUCCACCGCCUCACCACCAUCAUCAUCAUCCCCUGUUGGGCAAUGAAUUCGUUGUACAACUUCACCUGUAUCAUAAUGAAGAGUUAGAUAAUACAAAGAGUAAUAAUAUUGUAACACUGCCUCGACGUAAUAAUACCAACAUAACAGCAGCAGCAGCAGCAGAUCUUUCUCACUUUCCUACUGCUUUUCAUGGAUCAUUACGUGUUCCAGUGAAAAAUCGACGAUGUUCUGAAGAUUCUAUGUGUACAAUUAUGUCCUCUUCGACAUUAGGAGGUCGAGCAGGGGGAGGAGAAGUUGGCAGUGGAACAGGUUCAGCAACACCAACAAAUUCCCAGUUAGGCACAAUGAAUGGUGGUGGAUGUAUUCCAACAGCAGUAGUCGAUGGUUUACAGACAUCACCAUUACCUCGACGUGGAUUAUUGGCUACAUACAAUAGCAACAACACUAAUAAUCGUCGUAUGACUGAUUCAAUGUUUGAAACGUCAUCAGCAGCAUCACCUUUCAGUAAUGGACGUAUCCUGUAUCGAUCGGAUCGUCAUUUCUCUCAGUCUAGUAGUAGUAUGAAAAAUCGAGGCAAUAGUAAUAAUAAUAGUCUGACUAAUCCUACUCUUAUUACCUCAUCAUCACCAUCAUCGGCAAAAGAAGGCGAUCGAUUGUAUGUAACAAAUCCAGUAUCAGAGACACGUUUAUCUAUAUCAGAAUUUAUCACUCGAGUUGAGAGUGUUGGUUCCAUUGGAUUAAUUGCUGAAUUCGAUGCAUUAUUUAAAGAUUCACCGGUUAAAGGUGCUUGUACACGUUUCGCACAUGCUUCCAACAGACGUCGUAAUCGUUAUCUAGAUGUUCCUUGCUUAGAUUCAACUGGCAUUGAACUGUCUGAUAACACGUAUAUUCAUGCUAAUUGGGUAGAUGGUUAUCGAUGUCCACGGGCGUAUAUUUUAGCACAAGGUCCUUUAGAGAAUACAAUACGUGAAUUUUGGAUGACUGUUUGGGAGCAUAAAGUUGUCACUAUAAUUAUGCUGACUAAAGUAAUUGAAGGUCAACGCCCAAAAUGUGCAUUAUACUGGCCGACGAGAAAUUCUUCUUCAAAACAUCAAAAUCUCUAUAAUAAUAAUAAUCAUCGUUCUGAUGCUGCCGGUAAAGAAGCUGACAGCAAAUUACCAAUCAGUGCCAGUUAUGGAGAAUUUCAAGUGACUAAUUGUGGUGAAUUUAUUGAAGCCGGUGGAUUAUAUCGACGUAGUGUAUUAGAGGUGACGCGUAAAUCCACUACAACUACCAACUCGAGUAGUAGUACUACUAACAACCUUAUCAGUAGUACAGAUCGUAAUCGACAAAAAGUUAAAAGUCAAAUUCCAAAUGGUUUAAAGGAAUCCAAUGUUCCAUCGUCGACGAAUACAUCAGAGAAUAAAUUAGAAGUGUAUCAUUAUUUGUAUUUAGGUUGGCCAGAUUUCGACGUACCCAUCGAUUCAGAUGGCUUUUUAAAAUUUCUAUUCACUGUUAAACAAAGUCAUAAGACAAGAUCAUCAGUGCCGGUUGUCUCAUCAUCAUCAUCUUCACCAUCUCCAUUGCCAUCUCCAUCGGCAUCGUCGUCAACAAUGCCAAAUUAUCCUACUUAUAGUAAUAAUUCAAUGUCUACAUCACCACUGUUAGUGCAUUGUAGUGCUGGUAUCGGACGUACAGGAACAUUUGUCACGACUGAUAUCUGUCUACAACAAGCAAUCAAUGAAGGCUACCUCGAUGUACCGGAGGUUGUCAGCCAAUUAAGAUGUCAACGGGCUGGUGCUGUACAAGUUGGCAAACAGUAUGCAUUUAUUCAUCAAGCACUUGUCUCACAACUAUCAAAACACAAUUAUCAACUGCCGUCUAUAAGCGAUAAUCAUUGUGAUGUUGGCAAUAAGACAGUGAAUGCUAAAGACGAUGAUGACAGUGGUGGAGUGGGGAUUAGUUAG